AUGGCCGUCUUAACGAAAGCUGAAAAGCUACGGAAAGAGGAAAAUGCGAAAUCGUUCAAGCCGUUGAUCAAUGACUUAAUUAACUGUGAUGGUACUGAUUUCAUCAAGAAGUUAAAAGAUAUUAAAGAAUGGGAUCGUUCGAGAGAUGAUUUGUACAUUUGGAUUCCUGUUCUGGAUAGAAUCGAUGAAAUCUUAUCAAAUGUACUGAAGAAAUACUCCUAUGAUACUACAGACUGGAAGAAAAAUGGAUGUAAAUUGGAACUAAUGAACACAACAGACGAAGACGAAGUAUGGGAGUAUUUGGCUUUCACUACUCGUUUACUCAAUAAUACUAUGAAUCGUGGGAUAUACAAUUCCUUGGAGGUCAUGAACUCUCUAUUAAACUGUCCUAAUUUCAGAAUUAAGCUCGGUGCUGCUAGAGUCAUAGCAACAAUUGGUGAAAGAAAUGUCGUCUCACGUAAUAUUUUCGAUAACAAAAGCAUUAUGGGUACUGAUGAAAUGAAAGAUAAAAGUUUAGAACUAGCGCUAUGCCUACCUUCUUCCACUACCGAUGAUAAAAUGGAGCACUUUGCUUUGGUGGAUUUGUUUUUUGACAAAAAGCAGUAUCCCUCGAAACUAGGAAGCAUUGAAUAUAAAUAUUUCACCAAAUCAAACAAACGUACAAAUAAGGAUACUGUCAAAUCGCCUUGCAAACAGAAUUAUACUCACUCUCAUAAAAUGCAUAACUUCAAACUCUCCAAGGAUGAGCUCAAAUCAUUAACAUUGCAACAGAUUUUUGAUAGAGGAAUGCUGGAGCUACCCAGAGAAGAAUGGUUCAAGUUCUCGCUUCGAGCAACCGUUGCAAAAGCCUUCAGCGAUGAUUCCUUCGAAAAUAUGCAACUCAGAAAUCAAAUAAUUCAAACAAAAUUCAAUGCAAUAGCAAUCAUAAAUGUCAUUUUUCACCCUGCUCAGGUCAGCUCUAGAUUCUUUGAAAUCGAUCCGUAUGCUUUUAACAGUUUGUCUGAGUUUCUAUCUCUUUCAGAAACUAAAGUUCCACGCGAUAUAAGAAUGGACGCACUAUUCGCAUUAGAAUGUAUAUCUUUGAAGCAUAUUUGGUGCUCUGAUAUUGUAAGGAAUUUAGGUGGAAAUAUGUCUCAUGGGCUUUUAUUCCAAAUUUUGAAGUAUAUUUCCAAAUUGAUCACUGAAAAUAAUUUGACAGAGAUUGAUGAGGAAUACAAUGUUCGUCUUUUCUAUCUCAUAUCGAACUUGGCCGAUGUGAGAGUGCUUCAAGAAUCUCUUCUCAAUGCUGGCCUUGUUCCUUCCAUUCUUGAUAUCAUAUCCGUGAGUACAAACGAUUUCAAACGUACGAAAACAUCUGCAACGCAUCUAUUAGAGGUUUUGAUGAGCAACGACUCUAUUGAUCCUUUUAUUAAUAAUAAUGGCUUGAACAUACUCAUCGAGACCUUGAAGAAAGAGGUUCAAUUUGCUCUGGAACAUCCCGAAUAUGGCACUCCUCCAAAAUAUUCAGUCAUAUUCUAUUCGAUUUCCUUUAGGCAAAUCGCAUUUAUCAGAAGUUUAUUAAAACUUGUCUUGAAGUUAUUGUCUUGUGAUUCGGGAAACAGAACUAGAAAUUUGAUUGACUCUCCAAUUCUUGGUGCUCUUAAUAGUAUACUAAGAAACAAACCUGUUUUUGGUUACACUCUUUUAUCUCAUGUGUUAGACAUCAUUCAAACAGUUAUUAACGUAGAACCAACAAUUUAUCAAGUUCUCGUAGAAUCGGAAAUAAUUCCUUUCAUCAUGGAAAACUUUGAACAAUUCGUUUGCCCUUCCACGGAAUUAUUAAAAAUACUUCCUGAGGUGAUUUCAGCCCUAUGUCUUCAUGCUGAUGGCCUAAAACAAGUGAGAGAGAGGAAUUUGAUUAAAUAUGUUUUCCAAAUUCCACCAAAAUUAGAGUAUGCUAAGAUCAUGAAUGGAGAAGAGGAAGCCAUAAACUUGGGAUCUUCGCUUGAUGAAUUAGCAAGACAUUAUCCAGAUUUAAAGGAGGAUAUAGCUGACAAUUUUGUGCAACUUGUGGACAUAAUUCCAUCCGUGGUGCAUUUCGACCACCCGUAUCUAUACAAAUCCACGGUUGGUGAUAAUAAUUUCUACCUCUCUGCGGACGAAGAAGUUAUUGAUAAUGAGCAAAAUUCGAAGGAAAUUGCUUCGUGGGAGGUACAAGAAUACUCGGCUAUUUUAGAAACAUUUUCAGGAGUUUUCUUCGGAAUGAUGGAAAACGUUUCCUGGGUUCCAUUACUCUCAAAAAAGAUUGAUCCUAAAAAGUUGUUUUCUGUGAUAAUUCCGGAAAGGCCCGCCUAUGAUUAUAUCGAUUCGCAGUGCUUCUUAAACUUCACUGAUGCUCUAAAGACGUUCGAUGACGAAGAUAGCAAAUAUGCCCUACCUACCUUAUUAGCACUUUUAAAAUAUACUUUGGAUGAUCUUUCUGACUUCAUCAAUUACGAUCAGGACAAGUCAUAUGUUUUGAGCUUGGAUCCAGAUACUGUGGAAAAUACGCUUCGAAAAGUGAAUAUCUUACAAGUCAUUGUAUCCACAAUUACCUCUGUGUACAUUGACCGCUUUUCAUUGUUUCCGGAAAGAGUUCAUCAAAUACUCGAAUACUUUGACGAGAACGGGUUUUCUUUGAUCCAUCUUUUAAGGACAACUUUUGAAAGGUGUGCGUUGGAAGAGUAUUACAUCCGUGGAUGCUUGCCAAUCAUAGUUUCAGAACAAACAAGACCGGCGACAUCCCCCGAAACUCCUUCUUUACUACUUUAUAAGGGGGCUAAAGCUGAAAAUGAUGUGAAAACCGACAACACGGCUGCUAAGUUCAAAAAUACUCUUCAGAACAGGUUUUUGUUCCAUACCACGCAGUCCUGCAUUUCCAUAAUCUUCAGGGCGAUAUUGAGACUAUCACACCAGAGGAAAAUGACGUUAGCAUCUGCUGAUCUUUCUAUUGAAUUAAGAAUUUUUAACGAAGUCGCUAAGUCAUUUGUUGAUAUGCUCAGCAAUGAAAAUCUUCAAAACAAGUUGGGCCAUUUAGUGGUACUUCUUAACUUAACAAGCUUCUCAUUCACAUAUGUGGUUGCCAACAGCAGAACACUUGAUACUUUCAAUACUAUUCCUAUUCUCCUGUUCUACCAAUUGGGAGGAUUUCAGGUUUAUAAGAACUGGUGCCUUCUUUUAGCAAAGAAAUGUUUGGAUAUUCCUGAUGUGAGUUCUGUUGAAAGUAUAGCGUUUUUAAAGGAUGAUCAGGACGUACUAAUUUCCCAUGGUAUUGUUGCUACACUCUCUUUCAUGAACAAGGCUCUACAGUUGCAGACAAUGGAAAUGAUUCGUUCUACAAAAGAUUACUAUCCUAACGAUGAUAUCUCCUACAAUAUAACAUCCGGUGUUAUCGUUACUAUAAAAAUACUUGUGCUUGGUAUGGUGAAAGAAAUUUUCGAAAUUGAUGAGCUCUUCUCUAGCGAUCGAAGACGUUUCCCAUAUCCAGUAUUCAAACAAUUGUUAAACAUGAUAAAAAACAUUUACUCCUCUGCAGACGAGGUUGAAGAUUCUGAUUUUUCCCUUUAUGAACUAAGGUGGGAUUUAGUUCCACCCUCACAAUGCAAAAUAAAUAUGCUUAAAUCUUGCGGAAUGUCAGAAGAAGUCGCAAGGGGAUACUUGGAAGAGCAAUCUGAUGAUUUACCGAUGCUCGUGAAACCAGACGUUUUUAGUGAAAAUGAGUGGGAAAAGUACAAGGCUGCAAGAGCCAGUGGAGAAUGGAAGACAGAUCUCCAACUAUUACCUCCACCCUAUGAGAACUACAGCACCAAAGGAGAUUUAUGCGAAUUCAGAGCAAGUUUCUACCGAAAUGGUUUUGAGCAAAAAGUGCUAAGUAUAGUGCAAAACUAUCCGAAACUCAUCAAUGCGGUUUCAAAAAUGUUUUUAGAAAUAUAUGAUGAACUUGAAUUUCCACAUGUUAGCAUGUUAGAAGAUUUGUUAUCAAUAAUGAACUCAACUAAGAUAGAAAAGGCUAGCCAACUCGCACCAAUUGUUCAUCUAUUUGGUAUAUUUUUGAAUGAGGAAAAGAUUUACAAUCAGUCAAAAACAGUUAUUCACAAGUUUAUAACUUUUCUUCUGGAAAAUUUGGCACCCCAGUAUGUCAAUCACCCUUGGUUCUUCAAAGCAUUAUAUGCGUACGAAAUUAUCUUAUCAAGAUCCAUGUUCCCUGACUAUGAAGAGGUGCCAACGGAUUUCAAAAUGCCAGAAAUACCGACCGUAGAUGUGCAACAUCUAUCCUCUAAAGAUAAAGAGACCAUUUUCAAUGUGUUAAUAAGAGUUCCUGAAAUAUCUGAUUUCUACUCUUCUUUGGCCAUUUCUCGUAUUUUAAUACUCUAUGCUGCAAAUGAAAAGUACGCUAGGGAAAUUGUUCAGUCCGGUAUAAUUCCUAAGCUGUUGAAGGUAAUCGGUGCUCAUCAAAAGUCAGAUAAAAUUAACUAUUUGGAAUCAUCUUUAUUAUUGCUAUGCAGAAGAUGCUUUGAAACCAAAGAAGUGGUUACAUCGUUAAUAAAGUACGAACUCAAUCGUGCAUUCACUACCAGAGCAAUAGGGGAUAUGAAAGAAAAAUCUAGAGAUUUAACAUUGCUUAUUGCUGAAAAAGCCAAUAUUAUAAUGCGUGAUCCAGAAAUCUUUGUCACUGAGCUAUGUAAAACUGGCAGAAUGGUUGAUUUUUCUUCAAGCCACGAAUUGAGCUCAUUUUUAAUGAAGCGAGUUCCAGAGGAAAAUAAUGAAAGAAUAGACAUAGUUCCAUCAGCUGAUGUAAUAUUCAAUAAAAGAACAUCCAUUGUAGAUCUUUUACUCUCGCAGUUGAUGGCUGCCUACAAAAAAGAUUGGCUAACGGAACCAGCAACACCAAAGGAAGACGAAAAAAAGUCUAAAAAGAAGCAAAGAUUAGAAGUAAAGGCUUCCAAAAACCCAAUCUGUGCAUACAUGAUAUUCCUUUUGAAAGUUUUGAUGGAACUUUUGUCCAGCUACAAUCAUUCUAAGUAUGAGUUUAUGACUUUUAACAAGCGGGGAAUUUAUAGUGAAUCACCAGCACCUCGUACUACUGCUUUAAACUUUUUCAUUCACCAACUUUUGGACUAUAAAACCCAAGAUGGAGACGUAUAUGCUGCUAAACGUAGAGAAACGAUAGGAAAACUAGCGACGUGUGUUCUUACCUGUUUUGUGAGUUCUGUUCAAGAUGAACGAGUUGACAAACCUGACCCAAAGGCACCAAAUCCCGAUAUGACCUUUAUCAGAAAGUUUACUUUGGAAUCUAUAUCUAAGGCAAUGAAAGAUCUUAACUCAACAAAGUUCUUGGAAAGUAAUGUCGGAAAGUAUCAUGGUUGGUUUAACUUAAUUCACAGAUUAUUGGUUACGGACAACUGGGUAAAUCACUUAUUAGAUGGCAAGAAGUUAAAUGCCGAUAGGUAUGAAAUAUGCAAACUGAUGCUUGAAUUAAGAAUACCUGAGACUAUUACCGAGUGUCUUUCAACGUUAGAUUUAAAUGUACCAUUUUCCAAGAAGGUUUUUAAUGCAGCGGUUGAUCCAUUAAACUCUAUUACAGAAAUUAGAAAUGACUACUCAGAUUUCUUUAAGCUUGAGAAUAAUGAAGAAGAAGAUGAUGUUGAUGAAGAAUCCGACAAAGACGAUGUUCCGGAUAUGUUUAGAAAUUCUGCAUUGGGUAUGUAUGACAUCGAAGACAUCGAAGAUGAUGAGGACGACGACUCUUUGAUUGGAGACGAAGAUGUCGCUUUUGUUCAGGAUAAUGACGAUAUAGAGAUUGUUUUCAGCGAUGAAGAGGAUGAACAAGAUUCCAUUUCAGAGUCUGAUAGUAGCGAGUCGGAUGACUCCAGUUCUGAUGGGGCUGAAGAAAGCAGCGGUGAUGAAGAUAUGGAUGUACACAUGGCGUAUAACUCAAGUGAUGAAAGUAUGUCUGUCAACGAUAACGAAGAGGACGCAUCCGAACAUGAUAGCUACUACUCAGAAAGUUCCCCAAUGUUUGUUGAAAUUGAUGAACCCGCUUAUGGAUCUGACCUAGAAAUUGACUUGGAUGAUAGCGAACUAUCAUCAGACUGGGAGUCUGGCCUUUCUGAGCUUGACGACACUGACUAUAAUAGUGACGACUCCCAGCAAGAAGAAGACAGCUACAAUCCUUCAAGAGCAAGAAAUGUUGGCAACAAUACAUGGGUUACAUCCGAUGGUGUAGAAUUGUAUGAUGAUUCUGAUGGUGAAGGUAGAGGCAUAUAUAGAGGCGUGCAGCAUGUCACCAAUGAUGAAUUAAUUUUCCGAAUUGAUCACCGGUCAAUGUCAAGCAAUCGUCGUGGCCGUCAUCACAACCGAACAGCAAUCGCACCUUCUAUCAUAUCAUUAGGAGGCGAAUCUGAUCGGAGCAGAAACAUGCUGACUAACCCCCUAGGUCCCCAUGGCAUGGAAGAAGUCGAGGAUAUUAUUACCAACAAUCAACUUGAAGAUACUCCAGCGCGUAGAUUUGGAUCUGGAAUCACAGGAUUCUGGCUAGCGGAAUCAUUAAUGGAUAAUAAAUCAGUCGAAGGUAUAAUUGUCAAAAAGACCACUGAAAGGUGGGGUGAUAUAUUCGAAAUGUUUUAUGAGAAUAAAGGAUUUUUGGGGAAUAUUUUACCAGAGAUUGUAUCAAGGGUGAUUAAAAGAAGUUCUGAAUUGUGGUGCCAACGUCAACUCGAAUACAAGGCACAAAAAAUGGAAGAAAAUUCAGUAGCAGACCGCACUAGGAAAAGAAAUCUCGAUGAAAUGGCAAUGGCAGAAGAUGAGGCUGAAAAUGCAUCCAGUAGAGAGGUAUCAGAUGUUGUGCAUGAAUCUGACAAUGAGUCUGAGGUAGCUACUGAUAAUCAUGAACCAGUUUAUGUCAUCAUUGAUGGCAAUGAAGUGGAUAUCGGAGGGACAGAUAUUGAUCCUGAAUUUAUUAAUGCUUUACCAGAGGACAUGCGAGCGGAAGUGCUAGCACAGCACAUUAGCGAGCGCAGAGCAGAAGCUCAACAGCAAAAUAUAAACUCAAGAGAGAUAAACGACGAGUUCUUGGAUUCAGUGCCAGCCAAUAUUCGUGAAGAAAUUAUUGCUGGCGAAAAUGUUACCAGAAGAUUUUCCCACCUUUUAUCCAAUAGAAGAGUUGAUGAAUUUGACGGUGAUCUGAGUAGAGAUGAUCAUGACCUGGAUAGUGACCAAUCGGUGCAGGGAAAUACUCAACCAAAAUCAAAACGCGUCCACUUCGAUCCGUUAGUUGAUCGUUCCGGCAUAGCUACAAUUAUCAAAAGUCUUUUCAUUCCUCAGCCAUAUCUUUCUCGCGAAUCCUAUCACGAGCUUUUCUUCAAACUUUGCUCCAGUAAGCAAAACCGCAGCGAUAUAAUGAACUUUUUAUUGCUAAUCUUAACUGAGGGGAUAGCUGACCAAUUUUCCUUGGAGAAGGUCUUCAACUUGAUUUCUAAUAAGGCUAACUCUUCCUCCGAUCACAAAAAUAUUGUAUACCAGUUACCACCAGAUUGCACCCCACUCAUUGUUGCGAAUCAAUGUAUUGAGGUACUCCAGUUUAUGAUUGAUUCUGAUGCUCGAUUGAGAUACUUUUUCGUCACAGAACAUGAUAACCUCAUCAUUAACAAACCAUACGUCAAGACCAAAAAGGACAUUUUUUCGAAAAACAUGAAGUGGCCAAUCAACGCUUUGUUCUCCUUAUUUAACCAGAAAUUGGUGACUGACGAGACUGUUUUAAUGGAUCUGUUAACGGAUAUUUUGGAGUCAUGUUCCAAACCUAUUACGUCGUUGGUUAAAAAGAAGAAUGCAAGCAACUCCAAAAGAAAUUUUGAGAUUCCUGUGAUUGAGAAGAAGCAUUUGGAACUAAUCGUUUCAGUGAUCAAAUUGGAUUCGUGCAAUACGAAAAUUUUCAAGCAGACCUUGAACCUAAUGACCAACCUUUUCUCCAUAAAGGAUACUCAGGAGAUCUUCACUUCGGAGUUGAGAACGUUGGCAAUGUCUACGAUUUCCCAGUUGAUAGCAGAUUUGAAUGAAUUGUGUUUGCAAUUGCCUAAUGUGAAGAGCGGAACAGAAAUCAACUCAGAAAUCAUUCAAAAAUUCACUGCUCCCAGCUCUGAGCAGUCCAAGUUAUUAAAGGUUGUAACUGCUGUUGAUUAUAUCUAUUCUCAUCAAAAGGAAGGAGAUACCGAAAGUUCACGCAAGUUAGUUGCAUUGUUUAACGAAAUGAAACUCGGUGCUGUCUGGGUUGCGUUAAGCAAAUGUCUAAGCGCCUUUGAAGAAAAAUCACCUGUGUCUACGUCCGCUACCAUUUUACUACCGACUAUUGAGUCAUUGAUGGUUGUGUGUAAAAACAGUAAGGUUAGAGAAGUUGCUGCUGGUCAAUUGAAAUACACUGAAAAGUCGUACGAUUUUGAGACCAUACCUGUCGAAGACCUUUUCUUUGAGUUUACUGAUCUGCACAAAAAGCUAUUGAAUGAAAUGAUUAGAGCCACUCCACAACUUAUGAGCGGCCCCUUCCAACUUUUGGUCAAGAAUCCUAAGAUCUUGGACUUUGAUAAUAAAAGACACUUCUUCAUGGCAAAAUUGAGACAAAAUACUACAACUCGCCAGAAGCUUUCCAUAACUGUUCUUCGUGAUCAGGUAUUCCUUGAUUCAUACAGAGCACUUUUCUUCAAAUCUAAUGAUGAGAUAAAAAAUUGUAAAUUGGAUAUUACUUUCAAGGGAGAAGCUGGUGUUGAUGAAGGUGGUGUAACAAGAGAAUGGUACCAAGUUCUUUCUAGACAAAUGUUCAACCCUGAUUACGCAUUGUUUAUUCCAGUGGGUACGGAUAAUACCAAGUUCCGUCCGAAUAGAACAUCGGGUAUUAAUCCUGAACAUUUAUCAUUUUUCAAAUUCGUGGGUAUGAUAAUUGGUAAAGCAAUAAGUGAUAACUGCUUCUUAGAUUGUCAUUUUAGCAGAGAAGUUUACAAAAAUAUCCUUGGUAAACCUGUUUCCUUGAAAGACAUGGAAUCCUUGGAUUUGGAAUACUACAAGUCUCUCAACUGGAUGCUUGAAAAUGACAUUACAUACGUAAUCGACGAAACAUUUUCCGUCGAUACUGAUGAUUAUGGAGAGCACAAAACUAUUGAUUUGAUACCAAAUGGCCGAAAUAUUCCCGUUACUGAAGAGAAUAAGAAGGAAUAUGUUCAAAAAAUUGUAGAGUACAAGCUACAAGAAUCAGUGAAGGACCAUAUGCAAAACCUUUUGCAAGGUUUCUAUGCUGUCAUUGAUAAAGAUUUGAUUUCAAUUUUUGAUGAGCAAGAAUUAGAGCUAUUGAUUAGUGGGUUACCUGACAUCGAUGUCGAUGAUUGGAAGAACAACACAACCUACGUGAACUAUACACCAACUUGUAAACAGAUAAACUAUUUCUGGAGAGCGGUGAGAUCUUUCGAUAAAGAAGAAAGGGCAAAAUUGUUGCAAUUCGUUACCGGCACAUCAAAAUUACCAUUGAAUGGAUUCAAGGAUUUGAGCGGUAUAAACGGUGACUCGAAGUUUUCAAUUCAUAGAGAUUACGGCUCCACGGAGAGAUUACCAUCAUCUCACACAUGUUUCAACCAACUGGAUUUACCUGCAUACGAUUCAUACGAACAAUUGCGUGGUUCUUUGUUAUUAGCGAUUAACGAGGGUCACGAAGGUUUUGGAUUGGCAUGA